UUCCCAAAAUCCAUAACGUCUCUAUGAUAUACUAACCACCAAUAUUUUCUAUAUCUAUAACGUCUCUCUUUAUAAAAUCGAUUUUUUUAUUAAAAGCUCCAUCUUUUUACUAUCUUCUUCUUCUUCAUCUCUCUCUGUUUUCAUAUACAAAUGCUUCAAUCAAAGCCAAAAAGCUUUCCACUUUCAUCAAUGGCAUCACCACCCUACACAACUCCAUUGUUAUCCGAAUCAUCAAACAGCAUAAUAAGCACCACAAGCAGUGAAUCAGAUGAAAGCCCCCAAACUUCGCAAAGAUUUCAAGAUUUUCAAUUGAAGAUUUCAACAACCCCCAUUUCUUGUUUUCACUCUUACAAAUCCUUAGCUGUUCUAUCAGGCCAUGUAGGAACAGUUUCUUGUUUAGCCCUUUGUGGGGAAUUCAUCCUAAGUGCUUCUCAAGGUAAAGAUAUAAUCGUUUGGCAACAGCCCGAUUUACGCCAAUUUACGAAAUUUGGAACAGGGGAUGGCUCUGUUAAAGCACUUAUCACUAUCGGCAACAAAGUUUUCACAGCACAUCAAGAUUCCAGGAUUCGUGUGUGGAAAGUUUCAAGAAGAUCAGAGAAUGUCUUCAGAUUAAUCGAUACAUUGCCUACAACAAAAGAUUAUCUCGGAAAAUUCAUGAAACAGAGCAAUUAUGUACAGACAAGAAGACAUCAUAAGAAGCUCUGGAUUGAACAUGCUGACAGCAUUUCUUGUUUAGCUGUAUCAAACGGCUACAUUUACUCAGGUUCUUGGGAUAAAACCUUAAAAGUAUGGAGAAUUUCUGAUCUCAAGUGUUUAGAGUCAAUUAAAGCACACGACGACGCGAUAAAUGGAUUAGUUGCUAGUAACAAUGGGGUUGUGUAUUCAGCUUCUGCUGAUGGAAAGAUUAAAGCUUGGAAAAAUAUUUGUGGUACACAUUCACUUAAGGGUAUUUUGGAAGGUCAUAAAGAUGUAUCUUUGAACUCUGUUGUGGUUUGUGAAGAUGGGGUUUUUGUAUAUGGCGGAGGGUCAGAUGGGUAUGUGAUGGGGUGGGUGGGUAACAAGAAUCUUGAUAGUUGGAGAUUGAUAUGUGAAGUGAAAGCACAUGAAAUGGCUGUUUUGUGUAUGUGUUUAAUGAUGGGUGAAUAUUUGUGUAGUGGAUCAGCAGAUAAGAGUAUUUGUAUAUGGAAAAGAGAGAUUAAUGGAGGGUUGUUUAAGUUUGGUGUUAUUAGAGGACAUGAAGGACCUGUUAAGUGUUUACAAGCUUCAACAACUAGUGUUGGGGGUGGGUUUAUGUUGUAUAGUGGGAGUCUUGAUAAGAGUUUAAGAGUUUGGUGGAUUCCAAAGUAUGGUGAUGAUAGUGAUGAGAAAAAGGACUCAUCUUUGAUCACAAACUGAAGAUUUUGUCUUUUCGUGUUCGAUCAUAUUUUGUGGGAUUAUACUGAGUGUAGUAUAGACAUCAAUUAUAGUUAUUUCUGUGAGUUUUUGUAUAAUGUGUAUUUGAAAGAGUUCAAUUUUUUUUUUGUUGUUUUAGUGUUUUUAUGUGUGUUAGGGACAUUGAAGUAUAGAUUUUGAGAGGAAUUGUGUUUUUUUUUAAUAUUUUAAUUCUUUUAUUAUCAUAUGUAUUUCUUGAGAAUUGUAAUAUUAGGUCAAUAGAGUGAAGUAUACAUCAAUAGAAGAUGAGAACAAGUUGAGAGAA